AUGUCAUCUCAUUUUAUUGUCCUUUUUACUACACAAAAAAUUCAAAAAGUAAAGAAAUGGAAAGAUGGAAUAGCAAUAUAUUAUAAAGAUAAUAAAAAAUUUGAAUUAUAUGAAGAAAUUAAUGGUAAAAAACAAUUAAUAUUAACUGAUACUAUUAAAAAUUUACCAAAUGUUGGUGAUAUAAUUGAAAUUGAUAAAUAUCUUAUUGACUUCGACUCUAUUCAAUCAGAAGAACUUAAUCCUCAAAUUAAAAGUAUUGACACACUUAAAAUAUUACCUAUUUCUUCAAGAAUUUGUAGUGGAAUGAAGAAAAGAAAUUCUAAUAUAAAACCAUUAUUAACAAUAACACCUACAAUAAUACCUACAAUAACACCUACAAUAACACAAAGAAAAACAAUAAUAAAGAAAGAAAAAGAAAAGAAUAGUAUUAAAGACUUAAUAAAAAUAUUUGAAAACAAAGAAAUAAAUAAAAGAGAAGAAAUAAAACAAAAACAAAAACAAGAUAAGAAAAUAAAUAAAGAAAGAGAUUGUAUUAAAAAAGAAAUAGGAAGUAAAGGAUUUAAAGUACCAAAAAUUAUGGAAAAAAUUGAAUUUCCUACAAGUCUUAAUGAUAAAACAAGUCAAGGAAUAUAUAAUGAUAUUGGAAAAUAUGUUACUGAUAUGAAUAAUAUUGUAGUUAAUGAAAUAAAUUAUAAAUUAGCAGAAAUAGGAAAAACAUUUUAUACAAUAGUUGAUACACAAAUUAAUGAAAUGAGAAAUAAAGAAAGAAUAAAUAUUUAUUCACAAGAAAAUCCAAUAAAACAAAUUAGUCAUAAAGAAGGAAUAAAUAAAAGAAAAGGAUAUUAUUAUUCAGAACAACAAAGUAAAGGAAUUGAAAAAGAUAAAAAAGAAAUAAAAGAAAAAGAAGUAAAAUAUAAAUUAUCAGAAACAUUUAAUCAUAAAAUUAAUAUGAAAGAAUUAAAAAUAAAAAAAUUUGAAGAAGAAGGAAUUAUUAUUUUUCUUGAUAUUGAAAUUUUUCAAAGUAAAAAAUUAACACCAACACCAGAAGAUCCAGAAGCUUUAAAAACAAUGUAUUUUAUGAAAAUUAAUGAUUUAAGGAAAGUUAAGUUUGUUAAUUAA